AUGUCUUCCGCACCGCCGACGCCGAAUGGCUGCACGCCAGCUAUGUCCCAAGCUCCGACUUGGACCUCAUCCCAAGCCUCACAGCCACAACGUGUGCUCGCAUGUGUACUCUGUCAGCAACGCAAGGUGAAGUGCGAUCGUGUCUUCCCUUGUGCAAACUGCGUUAGGUCUCGGGCACAAUGUGUGCCUGGGUCCCUGGCCAAGCGCCAACGGAGACGACGGCUUCCCGAGCGAGAGCUUUUGGAACGCUUGCGCAAGUACGAAGACUUGCUCCGUCAGAACAAUGUCGCCUUUGAACCUCUGCACGGCGACUCGACUAGGGGAAAAGACCCUUCCAUUGCGCACAGGGGCUUUGGCUCGGACAAUGAGCGUCCGGAGACCGUGGGCCAAGACAUCUCAACGCCCGCGACCACCGUCCGGCCUGGGAGAGGUUACGGAGCCAAGAAUGUGUGGCACGCCAUGAGCCAGGGGUACCGGGAUUCUGAUGAUGACAGCAAUUCGUGUCGUGACGACGAGCUCGAAACUGCUGUCAAUACAGCAUGGGACCAAUCCGUUGUGAAUGAUAACAACCUUUUGUUUGGCUCCCCUAGAACGAAACAAGGCCUUUCCACUUUACAUCCGGAUCCAGUUCAGAUCUUCAAACUCUGGCAGAUAUACUUGGAAAAUGUAGACCCGCUACUCAAGGUCAUGCACACUCCCAGCUUGCAGGGGCGCAUUAUCGAAGCAGCAGGUGAUGUCUCAAAAAUUGCUCCCACUCUGGAAGCACUCUUAUUCAGUAUAUACUGCAUGUCCAUCUUGAGUCUUACUGCAGAGGACUGCCAGAAGAUAUUCGAUUCUCCAAAGGAAGACCUUUUGAUACGAUAUCAACAGUGCUGCCAACAGGCACUGUUGAAUUGUUCGUUCUUACGGUCCAGCGAUCGUGAAUGCUUGACUGCGUUAUAUCUCUACCUGAUCUCCGUCAGACCCAGUACAGUGCCUCAGUCUCUGUCCUCCUUGCUUGGUGUCGCAAUUCGUAUUGCGCAACGCAUGGGCAUUCACAGCGAGUCUGCAUUGGCAAGCUGCACCGCUGUGGAAGCCGAAAUGCGUCGAAGGCUGUGGUGGUCUCUCGUUCUUUUCGACACCCGCAUCGGCGAGACCGCCAAUUCCAAGACCACCACGCUAGAUCCCACUUGGGAUUGCAGGAUUCCUCUCAACGUGAACGACUCAGAUCUACGGUCAGAGAUGAAGAAGCUACCGGCGACGCAAGCAAACACCACCACCGAGGCACUAUUCGCCGUUGUGCGUUGCGAGUUGGGUGAAGUGAUCCGUCAUGCCCGCUUCCAUCUUGAUUUCACCACUCCGACCUUGAAGACCAGUGGCUAUGAUCUCCACGGGGGACGUGACGGGGAAGGCAUUGAGCUAGUCAAGCUAGAGGAGAUGAUUGAGGACCGGUAUCUCAAGCACUGUGACCAUGAGCACCCGCUCCACUUCAUGACGAUGUGGACAACUCGGGCCCACCUCGCCAAAUAUCGCCUCCUAGAACACCUGUCAAGAUCCUCCAGUCCAUCCAUCCGACAGACAGACGCGCAGCGUGACAUCGCCACUGCAUAUGCGCUCAGGAUGCUAGAGUGCGAUACCAAGGCCAUGACUUCGCCGCUGACCAAAGGAUUUCGCUGGCUAAAUAACUGGCACUUCCCGUUCCCAGCAUACAUCCAGGUGGCCCAGGACCUGCGAAGCCGGCCUAUGAGCUCACACACUCGACAAGCCUGGGACAUCAUCAGCGACAGCUACGAGGCGUGGUUUGGUUCGCACGUUCUGGAAGGCGGUCCGUUUUUCCGGCUUUUCGCAAAGAUCGUCCUUGGGGCGUGGGAGGCGUGUGAAUCGGCCUGGAAACACACUGAGAAGGGGACUCUCUUGGCGACACCGAGGAUCGUUUCAUCCAUUAAGCACGCAUUGUCACAUGCGGCGCGACCUGCACAGGACACCGGCACCGAUGUGCCGAGCACCGUUGGGGCCAAUGGACUUGACGGAUGCCCAGUGCCAGUGUCGACACCAAUACAGAUGCCGAUGCCGAUUCCGGUGUCGUCGACGCCGAUGGGAUUUUCUGCCCAGAGCCUGCCGCAUAGUUCAGGGACGCAGGGUGACUGCGCAGUGAUCAGCCCAGGGAUAUACACUGGCAUGCUAGGGCCAGACGCUCAAGGGGACCAGUGGGACUGGGCUGGGAGGGCUUCUGAGUAG